GUCGCUUUGAGUUCCAUGCCAAUUCCAACCAAAUAUUAAAAACAUUUCAAAACACUGUAGAUCCUUACUCCACAUCCUUGACACAUCGUUGUCGAGCGAAAUCCAAUCCAAUAUGGCCCAGGUGAAUAGAAAUUACCGUGCCCCUUGGGAUCCGACGAAUCAGCAGCAGCAACAGCAGCAGGAGCAGAUUGUGAUCAUCAAUGAGCAGCAACGUCAAAUAUUCAUAUACAAAGUUUACUUUUUCGGCUUCUUACUCUGCCUGAUGUCUGUGAUUCCGUGGAUAGUCAUAGCAAGUCUCAAAAUAGAUGUAUACGAGGAGACCGCCAUUCCGUCAUGGGUGUGGGGGCUGUUGGUCCUGAUCGUCCUAACCAUUCAAUGUUGCAUUCCACAGACAGCCGCUACCGCGCCCAUCUACUGGGCCUUGGUGUUAGUCUUCGUGUUCUUCGUCACGUUCUGGGGCGCAUAUUUUGUGCUCUACCUAAAUCUCCUAGUCUUCUCGGCUUGCCUUUUGAUAUCAAUAAUUUUGGUGGGGUUGCUGCACCUAUACGGGGCCAAAGCUCCUGCGAUCCUGCUCCCCAACGUACUAAAACUUUAUUUAUCGGCUAGCCAUGGCGAUCGUGAUCCUGAUCAUACUCAUCAGCAUAUCCCCUGUCCAGGCAAUGUACAACUGCGGCCGACUUAAUUACGUGCCCAUUAAUGAGCUGCCGGGAUGCGCCUUUGCAUUUUAUUUUGAGUUUGUAAUGGGCACCGCCUGCCUGUUUAUUAUUGCAUUGUACCA